AUGUCGUUCUCUGAUAAGACCCCCGAUCUCAAUACCGACGUCGAGCAGGUGGCCGUAGACAUCAAUGACCAUGAAGACCAAAAUGAAGUAUUCAAAACCCAUGUCGACGGUGAAAACUACCGAACAGUGUCAUGGUACAGUAGUUUCGCUUUGAUGUUCAAAGUGCUCUUUUCUGUCGGUGUAUUAUCUAUUCCUGGAGUUUUCGCAUAUGUUGGUGCUCUGCCCGGAGCUCUUCUCGUUAUCGGUUGGGGUCUCUUCAAUACCUACCAAGCUUUCAUUCUUGGCGCUUUCCGACUUAGACACCCUGGUAUGCACGGUCUUCAAGAUAUGGCUUACAUCGUGGGUGGAGCUUGGUACCGUGAAUUGGUUGGUAUCCUAUAUGUCGUUGGGUAUACGCUCGUCACUGGAUCUGGAUUGAUAGGUACUGCUACCGCAUUCAACGCUUUGUCUGAGCAUGGCGCUUGUACAGUCUGGUUCUCUUUUGUCGCUUUGAUCAUCUCCACUGCCGUCGCCGCAUUCCCUAAAUUCGGUCAAAUCGGUAUCGUAGCUUGGAUUGGGGUUACCUUACUUUAUAUUGCUGUAUUGGUCCUUACCAUUGCCGUCGGAGUCCAAGAUCGUCCCUUCCUCGCGCCUGAAGGUGUAACGGAUUACGGCUACCAAGUAGUGGCAAGCGGUACAACGUUCAUCACUGGUAUGAGCGCCUCGUUGAUCAUCUUCGUCUCUUCAUCUGGUACUUCCGCUUUCAUUCCUAUUAUCGCCGAAAUGAAAAACCCCAAAGAGUACAAGAAGCCGAUCACAGCUGCGAUGGGUCUUCUCAAUGUGACAUAUCUUGUUGUCUCCUUGGUGGUAUACCGAUACUGUGGUAUUUACAUCGCCAGUCCCGCUCUGGGCAGUGCUGGUACGCUCAUCAAAAAAAUUACUUAUGGUAUCGGUCUUCCAGGUCUGCUCGUCAGCGCUAUCUUAUGUCAACAUCUUGCCGCCAAAUACUUCUUUGUCAGGAUCUUACGAGGUACCGAGCACCUUCAAACUAAGACUAGGACUCAUUGGAUCACAUGGCUAGGCAGUGUCAUCCUGAUCGGUAUCCUUUCAUUCGUCAUCGCGGAAGCCAUCCCCUUUUUCAGCACCCUUAUCGGUCUGGUCGGAGCUCUCGCUUAUGCCCCACUCGCCAUUGUGGUGCCAAUGACGCUCUGGCUUUAUGACUUUGGUCACUACCGAAAGGGCAACUUGUGGAAAAAAGCCUUGUGGGCUUUCCACGUCCUAUUCAUCUUCAUUGGUCUCUUUAUGACUGUUGGUGGAUCAUACACUAUGAUCCAAACCAUCAUCGAUGCGUAUGCCACAGGCAGUGUAGACAGAGCGUUCAGUUGUGCCGAUAAGUGA